ACUCAAGAGGCUGAGGCAGGAGUAUCACUUGAGUCCUGGAGGUGGAGACUGCAGUGAGCCGUGAUCGCGCCACUGCAUUACAGCCUGGGCGACACAGCGAGACCUGUCAAUCAAUCAAUCAAUCAAUCAAGAGGAGGCUGGCGGGAGCAUGCUCGUGACCACCGGGGGCGACACAGACCCUAACCCUAAGUCCAACCCCAAGGCAGACCCCACCGUCCCGCCAGGCGCCCUCCUAAGAGCGCGGCUUCCGGAGCAAAGCCGCUGACCCCCGCCCCCAGGGUCUUGGCGCCGAUUGGCCAGCGAGAGCGCAGGGCGGAGCCAAAUCUUAAAGGAUCCGGGAGCUAAGCCAGACCCGGGUGGCGGUGGCAGCUGCGAAACCCAGGGAGCCGAUGCCACGUGACCCAAUGUGGGCUUCUUUUAAACCUUUCUAAUGCCCAUAACCCAGCCUCAGACCCAUGGAGCCCACGAGAGACUGCCCGCUGUUCGGGGGCGCCUUUUCCGCCAUCCUCCCCAUGGGGGCCAUUGACGUAAGCGACCUCCGACCGGUCCCGGACAAUCAAGAAGUUUUCUGCCAUCCCGUGACGGACCAGAGCCUGAUAGUGGAACUUCUCGAGCUGCAGGCCCACGUGCGGGGCGAAGCGGCUGCGCGGUACCACUUUGAGGAUGUUGGUGGCGUGCAGGGGGCUAGGGCUGUCCAUGUGGAGUCUGUUCAGCCUCUCAGUUUGGAGAACCUGGCCCUGAGGGGCUGCUGUCAAGAAGCCUGGGUCCUCUCUGGCAAGCAGCAGAUAGCUAAGGAAAACCAGCAGGUAGCAAAGGACGUGACACUUCAUCAGGCCUUGCUGAGGCUGCCCCAGUACCAGACUGAUCUCUUGCUCACCUUCAAUCAGCCCCCCCCUGACAACAGGUCAUCUCUUGGCCCUGAAAAUCUGUCACCUGCACCCUGGAGCCUGGGUGACUUUGAACAGCUGGUGACCAGUCUGACCCUUCAUGAUCCCAACAUCUUUGGUCCCCAGUAAAGGCGCUGAAGCACUGCAUGAUGUUGCUGAGAACUUGGGGACUCGGUUCUGUGAGGGGGAAAAGAGGUUGAAAAGAGGGUUUCCUCUUAUUUCUUCCCUGUGCGUAAACAUAAGACAAUCCCUCUUCAGAAUAAACUUGCUUUAUAAUCAAUAUAA